AAUUGAUUUUUUGACUUUCGUUUAGUUUCGUCAUCUUUGUAAUACAAUUUUUCAUCGGGAAGAAAGUUGUUCUAUUAAAAUAUCACACAACAAAAUUAGUGUCACAGCUUUCGAAUAGAUUGGAAGAAACCCCUAGAGAGAACUAGCCUUUAUUGAUGAAUCUCUAAUCAUCAUCAUUUCUAACACACUAACGACUUGCCCAAUUAAUAGAAUUCAUUUAAUCGUUAAAUAGUUUACACUCUCUUUAUUCGAAACGAUAAUAAUUAAAAAGAAAUACUGAAUUUCUCUUUACAUAACAACAUUAAUUGAAAAUAACAACAACAGUAACAGCAGUAUUUCUAAUUUUACAAUGUUUCCAUCCUCGUCCAAUAAUCAACAACAACAACAAACAUUCCAAGAUUUAUUCAUCAAAUCCAUUAACCAAACUCAAAUUAAUGGAUCAACAAACAACGACAUGUUUCAAUCAACCUAUAUAACAAUUCCCAAUGUUUCGAAUAGUGGAAGCAGUAACAGUACUUCAACUUCUGCCACCAUUCAAAUCCCAUCAAAUACUACAUGGAAUUUUGGAGCCACUGAUCCACAACAACAAUUGACUUUGAAUGAAAGUAACGGUUUACAUGCACUUUCGAAUACAACAAAUACCAAUUUAGGUAACGCCUUAAGUAACUUUAAUAACGAUAAAGUUUUAGAACAAGCGCUCAUCAUGAUGGUGAACGGCGCAAACAAUAGAAACAGAUCUCAAAGUGCUGGCUCGAUUCCAACAUCCAAUUCAUUAGGUGUCUCCCCAACACUUUCGAAUAACAGCCCACAAACAUUUGGCGGUUCAGCUCAAGGAAAUAGUUUAGUGCAGAUGAGCUCGUCCUUACCGAAUUCAACGUGUGCACCUUCUUUCGUCCAAGGAAAGAGUUUCAAUCCAGGUCAACUAGGUUUUACUCAACCGUUUACUGUACGAUCAGAUUAUAAGGUUUCAACAACUGAAAAUCAAGAUUCCACUAAUGCUCCUACUAAUAUCAAUGGUUUACAGCUUAUUUUCUCAGAAUUAUUGACCAAUCCACAACAUCAAACCAAUUCCAUGUUCAAUCUUGGUCAAUUAGGACAACAGCAGAAUAAUUUCAAUUCUGCUAAUCAACAAAAUCAGUUUAUUCUCCAUUCCCAAGCUCCAACCUCGCAACAACAAGUUAAUAACAAUCAAUUCAGUCCAAUUUUGAGUAGUUUGAUGAUUAGUCAACCAUCAAGUCCAAUUCAAGUCACCAAUCAAAUCGUUAUCAAUUCCAAUCCAAUGCCAAGUGUUUCUCCAACUAGUACAAGUCCUCCAACUCAACCGUUAACUACUAUGAAUAUCAAUCCAAGUUCCAUUACCACUCAUGUAUCGCCAACUUGUUCUCCCACCUCAACACCUAGCAGCUCACUAACCAAGUCAACCAAUGGUGGAAAGCAAAGAAGACAAAGAUCUGUCUCAUGCACAAGUCAGAGCUCACCUUAUCCUCCAACCACCCAACAACAAUUUACUUUCCAUUCACCAAACGAAACCCAAGACAGUCCAAAGAAAGGCACCAGACGAUCUGGCAUUAAAUUUGCAAUUGACUUUAUGGACAAUGCACAACAAUUUGACAUUAAGCACACAAGUCUCACUCCAUCCACAAUGAAACAACACAUUGCUGAGAGAGAUGAGAGAGAAAGGGCAGGUGUGAAAAAAAGAGGAAGACCAAAAGGAAGUGGUAUAAAACAGCAAGUGAAGAGGGGAGAUUUGUUGUUCUAUCAAAAUUGUUACAAUUCAGUUGAGGGUUUGUAUAAGGGAAGAGCAGAUCCUGGAAGAGAUGAUGACGAUGAUGAAGGAGGAUUUACAGUGUAACGCCGUUUAAAUAAUAAAGAGGUUAUACCACCUUUUGAAC